CGUUAAUCUAUAAAGUAAACAAGUGUAACCUACAAAAUAUUUGCAUGUAAACCGUUAUUUAAAUAUGCCUACAGAAAAUAUACAGUAUUCAGAAAAAUAUUGUGAUGAAAAUUACGAAUAUAGGCAUGUAAUUUUACCACCAGAUUUAGCAAAAUUAGUACCUCGUCCACAUUUAAUGACUGAAACUGAGUGGCGAAAUUUAGGAGUGCAACAAAGCCCCCACUGGGUGCAUUACAUGUUGCACGGACCAGAGCCCCAUAUAUUAUUAUUUCGAAGACCACGCCAUAACAGACAGAUUUAAGCAGAUUUGAUAUUUUAUAUAUUACAAACCAAGUGUACAGUGAAUAAAACAGAUGUUAUUACAGUGACGAAAUAUUAGAAGUGAUUCUGUUUCAUAGUAAGAAUAUUUAGCAUUAAUUAUAAUGGUCUUAUCUCUAUACAAUGAUUAAUUUGACUUACAUGUGUAGUAACUGCAUUGUUCAAUUUAAUUUAUAGUUCUAAAAUUUAUUCACAGUUACAUUUUUGUAGUUUCUCUGAGCUAAGAAACAA